ACGCGCGGAGCCGGGCGCAGGGGGGGCCCGCGCCCGCCGCACGGCUGCUGAGAAGGGACUGGAACUCGAACCUGCCGCUGCCGCCGCCGCCGCCGCCAUGGGCCGGGCUCCCCGGGCUGCUCGACGUGGAGGCGCCCAGCGGCCGUCCCUCGACGCUCCUCCGGGGGCUCGGCAUCGCAGCGGGCGGCUCCGAGCCCGGGACCCGGCCGUCCUGGAGCGAGGCUUCCUGGCUCUGCGGCGUCUUCCGCUUCCGCACUGCCAUCCUGGAGGGGCGGGGAGAGGCGCCUGCGAGAGCGCGAUUGUGACACCUGGUGGAGACCGGGUUUCUUGCCCUGGAGUGUUCCUGCCCCACAAGCAAGAUGUGUGCCUCGGGGUCUACCUCCUGAAUCAGUACCUGGAGACAGACUGCUUUCGCUCUGUGUUCCCUGUUGUGAUUCAGCAGAGCAUGAGAUUUGAAAAGGUAUUUGAAAAUGCAAUAGAUCCUGGAGCUGUAGCAGACCUUUUAGAAAGUUUCCUAACCAGGUUUGAAUUAAUACAGCUAAUACCUCCAGCAUGGGAAGAGUUAGCCUAUUAUGAAGACAACACACGAGAUUUUCUUUUCCCGGAGCCCAAACUGACACCUUCAUACCCUGGAAUAUAUCGGGAAGUGCUCAUGAAGACAGCCAGAGGGUUUCCAGGCAUUGCUCCUAAACUAGAGUUUUCUACAAGGACAGCCAUCCGAGAAUGUGUGCUUCUGCAUAGAAACAGAUUUCUUGAGGAAAAAUACAAGUCACGAAGGCCUUUCUCAGCAUCAUAUGGACCAGCGUUCCCCUUAAAUGAUAUACGCGUGAAGCUGAAGGGUAAUAAUCCUGACAGACUAGCCAAAGGCAUGCAGUCCCAGGCACCCUCUCCGUAUUCCACCAGAUGUUCCUUCCUGGAUCAGCCGGCUGAAUUGAACCUUGGAAAUGACUUCAGAUUCGCUGCAGAAAGGAGGCCUCCAUUUGUGGUUAGACAUGUGGACAGUGCCAAGCCCUUUGGUGAGCCUCACCCACAGAAAUUUAAAAGAAAAUCAAAGUUUUCAAACUUUCCACUUCCGAUGAAAAGAGCUUCUUCUCUUGACAGCCUUGCAGCAAACGUAAAGGUUAUCAGAGAGCCAGAUGAACGGAUUAUUUUGCCAAAAACAUCACCAUCUCCUUUAGACUCAAGUAAGUUUGGAAAGUCCUCGCCCUGUAACCAAGGGGAUGCUGAUUUCCACCCGGAAGCUUCCUUCACCAACGGCCAGCAUUCCAGGUCUCCCAGCCCUCUGGAUCAGCUUCUCCUCCAAGAAAGGUGCCGUCCUAGUUCUCAGUCCAUGUGGAAGAAGAUCCAUGAAAGGGCACGUGGUCUGAUGUCCCCCAGAAUUCCACAGCACCCAAAGGAAGAAUCUAACUCUGAAGAAACUUACAUCCUGGAAAGACCAAACUACCCACUGAAGAAAUACCCACAGCAUGAAGAGAGAUAUUUUUAACUGUUGUCUUAUGGGAAAAUGAAUGAAAAUGGGAGGAGGACCAUCAAAAGCUCAUUCAUGGAGACAACUACACAUCCUUGGAGAAAUGAACAGUCAUCUUUGUUGUCUGUAUUGAGUCAUGGGUGUCUCACCCCCUUUAAAUCAAACCCUGUACUCAGUCUUUUGUGCCCAGGUAAGAGUUGUUGAUUAAAGUGCUGCUG